GGGCAAUCCACCACGAGCCCUCCGUUGUUUGACGGAACGAACUACACCUAUUAGAAGGAGCGGAUGAGGAUUUACAUCCAAUCCACCAACUUUCUCCUUUGGAGAAUUAUCAAAAAUUGUGAAGACGAGCCAAUGAAGAAGGUCGGGGAAACGAACGUCCCUAAGACCGAGAAUGAGUAUGAUGCACAAGACAUUAAGAAAGUGGAGAACAAUGCCAAGGCCAUCAACAUCAUCUAUUGUGCCGUUAACCCGGAUGACUACCGCAUGAUCUCUUGUUGCACCACCGCAAAGGAAAUGUGGGAUAAACUAGAAAUCACCUACGAAUAUACGGAUCAAGUCCAAGAAGCUAAAAUUGAUUUUCUAACCCAUGAAUAUGAAAUGUUUCGUAUGAAGGAGAAUGAGAAAAUCGAUGAGAUGUUUGAACGAUUCUCCAAAAUCGUCAAUGAUUUCCAUGCUCUCAAGAAGACGUACACAGACAAGGAGCUUGUGAGAAAAAUCCUGCGAAGUCUCACACCGGAGUGGCGCUCCAAAGCCGAUGCCAUCCAAGAGUCCAUCGGCAUCACCAACGUCACCAUUGACGGGCUUAGAGGUAACCUCAAAACCUAUGAGUCUACCAUUUUAUUCCCCUCUUUAGGUGAACAAAAGAAGAAGCGGAUUGCACUCAAGGCUUCCUCAAGCCAAGAACCCGCCAUGGAGGAAUCGAGUGAUGAAGACAACGAAUUCGGGCUCGUUAUCAAGAAAUUCCACAAGUUCAUGCGCAAGGAGUAUGAACGAAAGGGCAAGAAGCAUGGAGGACCAUCCAAGUGCUAUGGGUGUGGAGAAGUUGGGCAUAUCAAGCCAAAAUGCCCAAAUGCCAAAAACGAGAAGGAGAAGAAAUCGUUCAAGAAGCACCGAGCUUACAUCUCAUGGGGAGGUGAUUCCGGGGACGAGUCAUCAAAAGAUGAAGAAAAUGAAAGCGCCAACCUUUGCCUCAUGGCACACGAGGAACCACAGGAAGAGUAUACAGAGUACUCCUAAUAAUCCUUAAGCUAGGCCUAGUUUAAGAUAAAAGGGUUUUGGAAAUCUUAAACUUACCUUCACUUAAGGCCAACCAAAAACCGACAGCGUAGUGUUCACUGUUGGGUGGGUGGUACCCCCAAACGAGUAGGUACUCAAGUUUGGUUCUUGGAUCCCGUACGUACGUUUUAACCCU